CCGGAGCGGCCAGGCAGCCGCCCUGUGUCCUGCCAGGAAGACUUUGUGUAUGGUGAAGAAGAUUAUGUGCUGUGUGGGGUUGGGUGGUGGAGAAGCAGGUCGGAGGGGCCAGCACGCCACCCCUUGUCUCGCUUUGACAGAGCUUUGCAGGCUGGCUGGGAGGAGAGGAUGAGGCUGGGGCUCUUCCGGUAUCGCCUGGGCGAGCUACAGACCCGCGUCUUGCCUGGGAAGGUCCAGUUUGUGGCCCAGCUGAACAUCCAGAGGGGGCUGGAGAGGAGGCGACCACAGGCCAUCCAGAGCAUAAGGCAGACAUUUGACCCCCAGCAAUUCCAUUUCAAUAAGAUCAACCCAGGGGAAAUCCUCUUCCAUAUGGCCAGGGGCCCUACGCUCCACCCUCCCACCAAGGGGCCCUCUCAGGGCCGAGGGGGCCCGCGGGAGCGUGAACUCCCAAGGACACUUGCCCACGUCCUAGUGGUGAUUAACGUCAGCCCUCUGGAGUUUGGACACGUGCUCUUUGUUCCAGACCCUGCUCUCUGCCUGCCUCAGAUCCUCACCCAGGAGCUGCUCCAGUUCGGACUGGAGUCGGUUCUUCUCAGUGCACACCCAGGCUUCCGGGUUGGCUUUAACAGCCUGGGAGCCUUCGCCUCAGUCAACCACUUGCACCUGCAUGGGUUUUACCUGGAUUGGCAGCUCCUGAUUGAGACGGCCCCAGGCGAAGCCCUGUGCCCCACGCUCAACUUCCACUUCCUGCGGGGGGUCCCGGCCCCAGGGUUCCUGUUCUACAGCGAGGGAGAGGGGCUAGCAGCCCUGGCGCACACCAUCUGCCGCGUCACUGAUUACCUGGUGGAGAAGGAGAUUGCACACAAUGUGUUUGUGACCCGGGGAACUGCUCCUGGGGAGCCAGCCCAUUCCCAGGCUCGGUCUGGGAUCCGGGUGGUCAUCUGGGCCAGGAGCUCCUGCUUUGGGAGCAAAGAGGAAACUGCAUUUAACGUGGCACUUUGUGAGCUGGCUGGGCACCUGCCUGUCAAAACUGCCCAAGACUUCGAGAGCCUCACAGAGACAACAGCUAUUCACACCAUCCAGAGACACCUCCUCCCCGAGGCGCAGCUGGCUCAGCUCUGUAGCCAGCUGGUGGCACUUCUCACACAGUAACCCCGUGGGCUCUGCGUUGCACGUGCCUCACACUUCCUUGUGGCCAGUCUGACUCUCGUGUGUUUUGGAAUCGCUGCAGAAUGGUUCACUGUGGGGCUCUGGCUCUGGGUCCAGUAUGGAGGCUGCCUUGUUGUUUUAUACCACUGCCCCCGCAGGCACUGCCAACUGGCUCCUCUGGACACUGGCCUGCUGUGCCACUCUGGGCCAGAGAGGAAGGAAGUGUUGUCCUUGCCCUAUGGGAGUGGGAGAUAGAACUGGGGGGUAACCCCACAAUUCUGACCUCGGUAGUGACUGAACUAUUGGCUUGUUUCUGGUGAACACAGCCAAUAAACCCCCUUUGGAUGCUGCAGCAUCUACUCUCUUUCCCAUAGCACAUAGUAAAGGGCCGGUUCGGUCAGAAAUGUGCCCGUAUCCCAGUGGCUCCUUUCUCUUCCCCAGAGCAGCUGCCGGCAUUUACCAGUCAGGGUAAACUUCAAAACAUCAGUAAUCUACCUGAAAAUCCCAUCCCGGCCACUACGGACGGAGAAGCCCUUUACACCAACAUUCCACAUGAAGACAGAUAACAGGCCAUCAGAAACACCAUCCCCAAUGACAGCACUGCACACCUGAUUACAGAGCUCUGCGACUUUGUCCUCGCCCCCCACUACUUCCAAUUUGGAGACCAUUUGUAUCUCCCAAGUCAGCGGCACAGCCAUGGGUGCCCGCAUGGCACCACAAACUGAUCUUGAACAAUGUCUCCUCAGCUUUCACCCCCUAACGCUCCUAUUUUAUUUAUGCUACUUCUAUGACAUCUUCAUCAUAUGGACGCACAGAAAGAAGACUCUUGAAGAAUUUCACAAGGAUUUCAACAACUUCCACCCCACCAUCAACCUUCACCUGGACCAGUCCAUGUGACAAAUCCACUUCGUGGAUACUACAGUACAAUUAAAUAAUGGACAAAUUUCCACCACCCUAUACUGGAAACCCACCAACCACUACACUUACCUUCAUACCUCUAGCUUCUAUCCCAGACACAUUUCUCAAUCUAUCAAGCCCUAAGAUACAACUGGAUUUGCUCCAAUCCCACAGACGGAGACAAACACCUACAGGAUUUAUAUAAGGCAUUCCUAAAACUGAAAUACUCACCUGGAGAAGUGAAAAAACAAACUGACAGAGCCAAAAAAGUACCCAGAGAUGAACUACUUCAAGACAGGCCCAAAAGAGAAAAUAACAGAAUUGCACUUGUCAUUACUUGCAGUCCACAACUCAAACCCCUCCAACUUCUUAUCUGCAAGCUACAACCCAUCUUGGAAAAUGACCUCUCACUCUGAGGCCUUGAGGGAAAGCCCAUUCUCGCUUACAGACAACCCCCCAACCUGAAACGAAUUCUUUCCAGUCACCAUGCUACACAGCUACAUCAUAAGCAUCCAGGAACCCGGCCCGGCAAUCAGUGGUGCCAGCUCUGCCCACGUAUCUAUACAAGCGAAUUCAUCCCUGGAGCCAACAACAUAAGCUACCAAAUCAAAGGCUCAUUUAACUGCACAUCCAGUAAUUUGAUCUAGGCCAUCAAAUGCCAGUGUGCAAGAUAACGAGCCUUCACUCUGCGUUGUGUUUAAGCAACAAGUAGCCAGAGGCAGUUCAUUCGAGCAAUAUUGCAAGGGAAGACAGCGUAAGCGGAUCUUCAAAUGCAAAACAAUUCAAAGCCAAUAUAUCUACCUUUCUGUUACAUAGAACAUUAAACAAUUACUUCCCUGCCCACUCAGUUCCCAUCGGACACUGUCUUAUCUCAAGGCUCUCACUGAGGUCAGCAUUCCACUCUUAGCAAUGUGAGAGAGACAGAAAGGCGAACACAGCGUCUCUUCUAGCUCUCGCGUUAGCAGGAGUCUGAGUGAACCAGACUCUUGCUCUGCUACUGACAAACCCUAAAAUGGCCACCCAAAUCCCCUUUCCCUUAGUCCUGCUUCCACACUCCCCCCUUUUGUGCUCUAGGCACAACUACUUCAAAUCUCUAUAUUCAUUAAACAUUGUAUUUCUGUUUUAACAUCGAGAGGAUUGACCUCACAUGUAUGGAUUGGUUGCAAUGGUAAUACAGGAUUAGUAUGAACAUGAAAACUAUUUCUGUUAGUACAUCCUCUAUAACAACAAUAAAAUAAUCCUACAAUAA